CUGCACAAACCGCAUCCAAAUCAUUAAUGGAUGCCAUAGCGGAAAUCUAUGAACCUCAAUGGAGUGGUUAUGAUGCCUUACAAGCCCAAGCUCAAUCUUCAGAAUCAUUAUGGCAAGAUUUUGCUCACAAAUUGGCAGAUCAAGUAUUGAUACCAUUAAAUACUUAUACAGGACAAUUUCCAGAAAUGAAGAAAAAAGUUGAAAAACGCAAUAGAAAACUGAUCGAUUACGAUGGUCAACGUCAUUCGUUCCAAAGUCUACAAGCCAAUGCCAAUAAACGUAAAGAUGAUGUUAAAUUAACCAAAGGACGUGAACAAUUGGAAGAAGCACGUCGUACAUAUGAACUAUUGAAUACGGAACUACACGAUGAACUUCCAGCUCUAUAUGAGUCAAGAAUAUUGUUUUUGGUAACCAAUUUACAAACUCUAUUCGCAACAGAACAAGUUUUCCACAAUGAAACAGCCAAGAUUUACUCGGAAUUAGAGGCUAUUGUUGAUAAAUUGGCAACAGAAUCACAACGCGGCUCAAAUACUCUUAGAAAAGCAACAGUGAACGCCAUUAAAUCUGCCAGUCCUGUACAGUCACCAGUUAAACAAAUGAAUAAUGCCAAUAUUACCAACAGCAACAAUCAAUAUCAAAAUACUAAUGGUUCUGCUAAUCAAUUGUCCGCUGAACUAUUGAGAGGUGGUGGCCCAUCAUUUAGUGGCAUGAAUAAAUGGAAACAAGUAGUACGACUUCGGUAA